UUUUUGGUGUGUGCCGCCGGAGCGAUGGGAACACCGCUUUACCUUCCGCGCCAAGCAGCUCACGGCCGAAACACCAGCCUGCCACCAUAGUCCGGAAUCCGGCUUUGAGUUGGGACGGCUACCUUUACGUGCGAGAAUAAUAGUUCGUAGGUUGAAUGAGGUAUAAAGGGUCACACUCUACCCUCCUAAAUUUCACUUCGAACAAGCAACACCACCCGUCUACGCUACCUAUCCACAAAUUACGAGAAGCUUAAUCAAGACCGCAGCCUUACCAGCCUCGUUCACACUCAGGAUGUUGACUCCACUCGCCGCCGACUCGAUUACCCCCGCCCUACAAACUUUCAGCAUUCUGGCCGCUGCAAUUGCAGCUGGAACAAAUCUCUCCUCAUCUAUCGUCACGCUCCCAGCACUCCUGCACUCAGCCCCAUCAACCCUCGCAACACAAUGGCAGAUCCUUUACGACUAUGGCAUUACACCAGUCGUAUCCCUAUCCAUGAGCUCCGCUGUGGGGUUCGCGACGCUUGCAUACAGGACUACGUUGACAUCCACGGGAGCUGUGACGAACGCGAGGAGGAAUCUAUACAUUGCGGCAGCAGUAGCGACCUUUGGGUUGGCGCCCUAUACGAAGAUUGUGAUGAAUAGAACGAACGAGGAGCUGAUGAAGAGAGCGAAGAUGUCCAGCUCAGAGGGCAAAAGCGAUACGCAUGAUUUGGUUCGUCAAUGGGGGAGACUAGUUUUGGGUCGGGGCACUUUGCUUUUGAUUGGUGCAGGAUUGGGCCUCUGGGCGAGCGUGAAUUGAAUGAAACAGGAAAGAUAUUAAAGCCAUUUCGCAAUUUUGACCACGGUGCUACAACAUGCAGAAGUAGAAUAGAAAGAGAAGAAAAAUGGUCAUGACGAUCGUCUGCUGCGGUAGGAUUCCGCAGUCACGUGCAGGGCUUAACAAUCGGUAGAGGCGUUUGCUAAGCCGCCGGCAAUCUGGCGU